GCGGUGGCAGCCAUGGCCGAGGCCCCCGUGUUCGUCAGCAGGUCCGGAUGUGAGGGUGUGUUGCGGUUCGCAGACCUGAUGCCUCGCCUGGAGGAAGCGCUCGUCAGGUUUUCCAGCCGCGCCGGCGCAGAAGUGCUGCAGCCGCUGCGCAGCUGCGUCCCUCUGCAGAAGCAUAACGGGUUUUUGGGAGUGAUGCCUGCAUACGUGGAGCGUGAUGGACUUCUGUGCACAAAGCUGGUGUGUUUCUACAACAGGGAGGACGGCUCGGCGCUGCCGUCCACGCAGUCCACAGUCCUGCUGUUUGAUCCGGAGCUUGGGAACGUCAAAGCUGUCAUGGAUGGAGAGGUCAUCACAGCCAUGAGGACUGCUGCAGCCUCCGCCAUCUCGGCCAAAUUGCUGAUGCCGGCUGGAGCGGAGGUGUUGGCCAUCCUUGGCACCGGGAACCAGGCCCUCAGCCACUACAACGCCUUCACGGAAAUGUUUUCAUUUAAAGAGGUGCGUGUGUGGAGCAGGAGUAGAGAGAGAGGAGAGCGGUUCAACCGCUCUGUUGGAGGCUCUGUGAAGCUGUGUGUGUCUGCAGAGGAGGCGGUGAGGGGAGCAGACGUCAUUGUGACGGUGACCAGAGCCACCCAGCCAGUCGUCUUCGGAGCCUGGGUCAAACCAGGAGCCCACGUGGCAGCGGUGGGAGCAUGCAGGCCAGACUGGCGUGAGCUGGACGAUGUGCUGAUGAAGGAGGCGGUGGUGUAUACAGACAGCAGGGAGGGAGCCAUGGCUGAGUCUGGAGACGUGAUUCUGUCUGGGGCAGAAGUGUUUGCGGAGCUCGGAGAGGUUCUUCAUGGAACGAGACCGGCUCACAGAGAGAAGACCACAGUAUUCAAAUCUCUUGGAAUGGGAGUAGAGGACGCAGUGUCUGCUCAGCUGGUGUUUGAACAGUGGAAGUCCAGAACCGACCAACUGUCAAGAAAACUGGAUGAUCCAGUGGCCAUGGAGAAGAUCUAAAGAGGCUUGAAUUGCAUUUUUGCUUUUGAUUCACUAAAUUAACAUCACAAUGAGAAGAAGUCUAUAUACUGAUCCAAAAAGGAGCCCCUAUCAACUCCUCCAUACAGUGGAGGCCUCCUCGCAGGAUCUCUGACUCUUUCCCCCCCAAUCUCAACUUGUUUUCAUGACAGACCUUCCUUAUCCAUAAACCGAUGUGCCAGAUUAAGACCUGCACAGGGAGGAGGUGCCUUUACUGUGCAGGUCAGUCCACUGAAAUGAAAGACAGCAGAUGAUUUUAAAUGAAUUUUAUUUGCUUUUUAAAAAAAUUCAGCAGAUUACUACUAUAUUAUGUCAAAAAUAAAAUACAUUUAGCAAGGAGAUAAAA